AUGCAUCAGUCCCUGACUCAGCAACGGUCCAGCGACAUGUCCCUGCAAGAUUCCAUGGGAGCCUUCAAUAGGAGGAAGCGGAACUCCAUUUAUGUCACUGUGACUUUGCUUAUUGUGUCCAUGCUAAUUCUCACGGUGGGCCUCGCUGCAACUACCAGGACCCAGAAUGUGACUGUGGGAGGUUACUACCCAGGAGUUAUUCUUGGCUUUGGAUCAUUCCUUGGAAUCAUCGGAUCAAACCUUAUUGACAACAAGCGGCAGAUGCUGGUGGCUUCUAUCGUGUUUAUCAGCUUUGGCGUGAUUGCAGCUUUUUGUUGUGCCAUAGUUGAUGGGGUCUUUGCUGCCAGACACAUUGAUUUGAAACCACUCUAUGCUAACCGGUGCCACUAUGUUCCCAAGACAUCCCAGAGGGAAGCUGAGGAGGUCAUAACUUCCUCAAACAAACUUACUCCUUCUACGAGGUCUUUGAAGAACAUUACCCAGGCAAUUAAAGAGGUGAACUGCCCUCAACUUAGCCGUGGACUCUGCACACCUCGCAUCCGGGGAAACACUUGCUUCUGCUGUGACCUCUACAACUGUGGCAGUAGGGUGGAAAUCACUGGCGGGUACUAUGAAUACAUUGAUGUCAGUAGCUGCCAGGACAUCAUCCACCUGUACCACCUACUCUGGUCUGCCACCAUCCUCAACAUCGUUGGCCUGUUCCUGGGUAUCAUCACUGCUGCGGUCCUCGGAGGAUUUAAGGAUAUGAACCCUACACAUCCGACACUGAAUUGCUCUGUGGAAAAUGCCCAUCCGACUGUUUCUUACUAUGCUCGUCCCCAAGUGGCAUCCUACAAUACCUACUACAAUAGCCCUCCUCAUCUGCCACCUUAUUCUGCUUAUGACUUUCAGCAUUCCAGUGUCUUUCCACCCUCUCCUCCCUCUGGACUCUCUGAUGAACAAGAGCCUCAGUCUGCCUCUCCUUCGCCCAGCUACACGUGGUCCUCCAGCGCCCCGCCCCGCUAUUCUCCACCCUACUACCCGCCCUUUGAAAAGCCACCGCCUUACAGUCCUUAA